GUUGCAGUGUCGAAGGCUAAGAUACUUGGAAAUCCGGAGCUUUUCAUUAAGAGCGGAAGCGACAUCAAUCUGACAUGCAUCGUCCUUCAAACUCCGGAUCCUCCGAACUUCAUCUACUGGUACCGCGGCGAGAACGUGAUUAACUACUCCCAAAGAGGAGGCAUCAACGUCGUCACCGAGAAGCAAACCCGUACUAGCCGACUCCUGAUCUCCCGCGCUCUAUCCACCGAUACCGGAAAUUACACCUGUUCCCCAUCCAGCAGUGAUGCUGCCAGUGUCAUGGUCCACGUGCUGAAUGGAGAGCAACCUGCAGCCAUGCAGCACGGUAACAACAGCAGCGCUAUCUGCUGGACCAUCGACCUAGUCCUGCUGUUCAUCGUCCAGUGCUACAUCCUUGAGAGGUGAAUUCUCUGCCCCCAAUACUAGAAAACCCACCACCAGUGACACACCAUUCCACCACCACCACCUACACCAAACACAAAAAAAACAAUCCUCCCAAACCUGUCCCUUGAAGCCCCUUUCCUCCUAGUAUCCAGGAAUCUGAUCUCGUCGAAAUUCCCAGCUCCUUCAAUGUACAUAACAGUCGAGAGUUACAUGUACACCACGCUGACCAAAAAAACACCUCCACUCAACAAAAACCAAAAUCCUAGAGAAAAGUUAACGGAAUCCUUCAUCCUUACGCCCUCACCUGUCAACGAGCAUAAUCCCUGUCUGUAAUCCACACUCGAACGUCACCUGCUCAGAGAGCUCUUCACCUCUAUCCGCUGCAAACUUCGCUAGCGAAAUCAUCUUCACGUGUACUUAGGCUCAGAAAAGUAACCACCCUGUCAUAACGACAGAGAUAAAAAGAAUAUAU